ACAACACUGUGGUAAUAUCACCUUUACCGGCAGUUGAGAAAACACAAAGGAACAAUUCGAAGGAGCACAUGUUAUGAUUCGCACCGAGUAAUAUAAGAGAUUUUACGAGUUUAUGUUACAUUACAUCACAUUCUGUGGAUAAAUGGAGUGCGAUACGUGAUAAAAAAUCUAACACACUUUGUAUAAUAUAUAUUAAAAUAUAAAUUUGACAAUAAGUGCUUCACGAAUUAUAAAAUAAAGUCAUACAAUAUGAGCCUCUUGCCUAAAACGCACGAAGAAUUCAGUCAUGUGGAAUAUUGGGACACGUUCUUCAAGAAACGUGGCAAGAAAGCGUUUGAGUGGUAUGGUGAAUUUCCAGAAUUAUGCGAAAUUCUGUUAAAAUAUAUUAAGAGGAACGACAAUAUCUUGAUUGCCGGUUGUGGAAAUUCUACAGUAGGCAUGUCUCUAUACGAUGCUGACUACAAGAAUAUCACUAACAUUGAUAUAUCGCAUACUGUCAUCAAGCAGAUGCAUGAUAUAAAUAAAACUGCACGACCAGAUUUAGUCUAUGAACAUAUGGAUGCUACGCAAAUGACAUACCCGGAUGAGAAAUUCAGUGUAGUUCUUGACAAGGGUACCCUAGACGCUUUAAUGCCAGAUACAAAGGACACGACAAUAGCCACAAUAGACAAAUACUUUAAGGAAAUCACGCGAGUGUUACGAAACGGCGGCAGAUACGUCUGCAUAUCGUUGCUGCAAGAGCACAUUCUUCGAAAGCUCCUGUCUUAUUUCCCUGCAUCAGACUUCAUGUUCCGCAUAUCGCGAUGCCACGGGGCCGAAUCGAAGGCGCGCGCGGAGGAGGGCAGUUCGAUCCCGAUUUUCGUGAUUAUCGCUACGAAGUUCACCAAAUUACCCCGGAAACUCCUCGAGAUAGCUCUGGUCGACGGCCCACCUGAACGUCUCUCUUCGGUCGAUGACAUGGUCUCCGCUGUGUUGUCCACACAACAGUCGGCGUUGGUGUGCAACAAGCUCCACAAGAGUAAUAUCGCCGACAUCGGCGAGCUAUCGUUGGAUUUGCAUCGUCCGGGUGACAAGCAUCCCCGGUUCACCGUCUAUGUCAUUGACCGACCAUGCAAGCGUUGUAGUACGAGAACAUAUGCUGCUUUCAUCGUGCCACAGGGAAAAGAGACUGACUGGUUAUUCAAUACGAAAGAGGGACGACAGGAAGUUUUGAAAAGUGCGGGACGGGACCGACUUGCGAUCAUCACUUUGCGGAGAGAACACACGUUCGAAAGCUUGGACAGGGUAAAGGACGAGCUGGCAGAAUGUGUGCGCGACUUAGCACCAGCCGACUUAUGCGAGAAUUAUAGUAUCCCUUUUCUUUCUUUGGGUCACAUUGGAACGCGAACCAUUUGUUACGAAGGAAAGAGUGAUAUGAGCGGGGCGUUUGUAGUCGAAGACGUUAAGGAUGAGGGUAAUGAGUUGAGACGGCUCAUAUUUCUCAAUAAUCCUUACGUUAUUCAGAGUGAAGCCAGAUUGAAGGAAGCAAAAUCGAGACGCGGGAACACAAGAAAGGUCGUUGAUUUCGGAUUUCUGGCUUGUGAAUAUCAUGUAUAUAUGAUCGGCUGCGUGAAUGCAGUGAUGAACACAGAGGCAGAAGACGAAAUCUUGAUCCUAGGACUUGGAGGCGGUGGUCUCUGCAUGUUUUUACAUCACUGUUUCCCUAAAUUAAAAAUUACUGCGGUCGAAAUUGAUAACACAAUACUGACAGUGGCUACCCAGCACUUCAAUCUAGUCCUUAACGAUAGGAUGAAAGUGGAGAUUGCGAACGGAAUUCAGUUUGUCAAGGAUGCUGCGGCGAGCGGGAAGAAAUACAAGGCUAUACUUUGCGACAUCGAUAACAAAGAUACUACCGUCGGUAUAAGUUGUCCCCCCAAGGAAUUCCUCGAGAUGUCCGUGCUGACAGCAGUCGCAGCUUGUUUAACGGAGAACGGUCUCUUCAUCUUAAAUCUGGUCAGCAGGGAUACGAGUUUGAAGCAAAAGACGACGAAUGAUCUAAAUGCAGUGUUUCUGUCAAUUGACCAUUACACUAUUCAAGACAAAGUGAACGAGAUUAUUGUAUGUUCCGCGGAAAAGUACGAUCAAAAAAAAUGGAGAAACAAACUCAAACAUGCCAUCGCCGACUUGGACAAGCAGGCGGUUGCGAGAAAACUAUUUUCCUUCAAGGACUCAGUAGACAUCCCCAUGGUUGUGGAAAGCUUGUCUGUAGAAUCUUAAUUAUUUUGUACAAAAGUAAUUUUUAUAAAUAAAAUUGACAGAAUAAAAUU